AUGCCCCGCUGGACCUUCUACCUAUCCCCCAAAACCCUCACCCAAGAGGAAAAGGCAACCAUCGCACAAAAAGUAACAGACCUCUACAUAGGUUACGGUAUCCCCGCCUUCUGGAUUAAUGUUUUCUUCCACGAAACCGGCGAGGGCAAUUUCUACAGCGGGGGUAAAUAUCCCCCGAAUGCCGUUUUCUUCCAUAUGGAUCACGCGGCCGGCAAGUUUGAUUCUGAGGAGGUCCGGGACGAGUUCAUUAGGAAGGUUAAUGAUAUCGUGAUCUGGGGUGGGCGGGUGUCGGCGGUGAUUUGUGAAGGGGGGUUUCUUAACUGGGUUUAUUGGUCUGUAUGGUUGGGUGAGCUGAGGUGGUGGUGUAUGAGGCCAAUUGAGAGAGUCUAUACGGUAGCUGCGAAGCUAUAA